GUUGUCACGAAACCAUACAAGGUGACAUCGCCGAGUAUACUAUAUAUAUUUGUUUACAAGUAUGCAGAGGUUACAGAUUAGUUCUCGGCCAUCCGAAGAAUUUCUGAUUAACCUCUCCCCUGAUUCUUCAAGCCCCGACAAUCUCGUGGUCUAUGACGUCGCCAAGAAGGACCUGAUGCUUCACAACAACAGUUACAAGUCUGCUAACGGAGACAGAGCUAUUCACGUAAUCCCUCUUGUUCUCUUUCUAUGUGCUUUUGUUCUUUGGGCUUUUUCAAGUGCUCCUACUACUAGCACUAAUUAAUAACAUACAAACGUAAAGGAAUGACCUUCGAUCGUUAAUUUGUGAUCACUUGAAUAACGUUACGGUAUCUAUGAUUUCAGGAACAAUAUUUGCCUAUAAUUGGGUACUGUAAACUUGCAACAUUCAUAAUCAUAACCCCGUUGAUGGAUCAAAAACCUAAUGUGAUGUUGUUUCAUUCUGUUGGUAACAUGUAAAUAGAGA